AUGAUCUUACUGGGAACAAUUAAAUCUUGUUUCCCCAGACAGUCCAUAUGUCAAUUCACAAAGACUGGUUUUGUGAAUGGGUCUGCCUUUAGGGAAAUUUGCGUCUCCAAUCAAAUCAAAUCAUUCUCGAUUCAAUCUGGUCAAUAUGCAAAACAGUUGAAGCACACAUUCGAUAAUCGCUCUCAUUUUCACAAAGAUUCAAAAGAGAUUGAUGCUAGGUUACUCACUCAAACGGACGCUCCUGAGCCUUCCAGAUUUACUACAAAGAAAAUGUUUGCUUUAUUAUCCGCAGAGCCAACCCUCAUACAUGAAAGUAGGCGUUCUCGGUUGUACACAAUCUUGAGUCUUUGUUUCGGAGCCUGUUUUUUGGUUUAUGGAAUCAAUGUCUUUUACAUUGGUCGAGAAAUGAGCUUACGCAUAUACAAUGAAAACGAAGACGAGUUGACUCCGGUUAAAAACAAACUGAGGUACGCAGGACAUUUAUCUUUGGUCGUCGUUGCAAGUACUUUAACAGCUCUUUGUGGUGUGGGACUGAUAAUGUUACCCUCCAAGCUUGUCAAUAAAAUGUGGUAUCUCCCAGGUGCAGCCUCCAAGGCUCCAUCAGUCAAAUUUACAACGCACUCCUUUAUACCUUAUACGGCCAAAGAAUUGCAAAUGCCGAUUACAAACAUCAAGAAAAAUAGGUUUGCCAAAAUUUACACGGGUGUUGGUGCAUACGGUACUGAUGAUACUCUUUUCAUCUUCUGGUUGAAACAGAAGGGGAGUCGCAUCCCUUGGCUUGUCGAUAGGAAAGGGUACUUUUGGGGAGAUGGCCGUGUCUUUGAUUUGCUCUUCAAUGACGUUCCUGCAGAUCCAUUUGAACGGGCUGAAAAGAUUGAUCAAACGUACAGCGAGAUUCUCAAAAAGAAGAGAGAAGAAGGAUUGAAGAUCAAGCGAGAGCAAAGCUCCGUUUGGAGGAACAAGUCCGCAGGACACUCGAUGGCACAGGAUGUGGAGAAGAUCAUUAAAGCAACUGAAAAGUCUCGGUCAAACACACCUAAACCAAAAAAAAGGUCAUAA